CCAUUCUCCGUACUCAAGUUGAGCUUGGUUACGUUUCCCCUUGACAAGACUCCUCCAUACGAUGCAGUUUCAUACACCUGGGGUCGACAGGUCAGAAAUAAGACUUUAUAUCUCGACGAUGGUAUAUUAAAGACUACAAGGAACGUCAGUGGGAUCGCUGGCAAUCGUGCAACGUGGGAGUGGCCAAAUUGGCUUUGGAUCAACGCUGUUUGUAUUAACCGGGACGACCUGGACGAGCAACCGGGCAAGCUCCGACUGAUGGGCGACAUAUAUCGCAGUGCAUCACGAGUUCUGGCCUGGCUUGACUACGAGGAGGUGUCUCUACUUGAUCUUACACUAAUAUCUAUUCUCAGUCACCACUUCUGGUAA